GGUGUCAGAUACGAAGCGCAAGUCCUUGGAUGAGAUUGGUGAUGCCAUGGAGGUGGGCAAGAAGCUCCUGGAGGACUCCGUGCCGAAGGGCGCGCCACAGGAGAUAAUCAAGGCCACGACGCAGUACGACAAGGAAGGUCGACGUCAAGACAUCAUUGAGUACGCCUACCAGUGGAAGUUUUCGGAUGAGCUCGCGAAGCAACUUGGCAGGAAGAAAUUCCAGCUGCACUGCAAGGCGCUGGUCAUGGUCGAGCGCAAGAAGCAGUUCCUGGUGCUCGCCAGCGUCGAGGAGCCGAGGUGGCAGAUCAGCGGCGACCUCCUCGGCGUGGCCCUCGAGACCUUCAAGCUCGAGGGGUGACUUCCUCGCAGCGCCCCGGGAGGCUCGCGGGGACGCCGCAAACGCACGCUCGGAGUCCAGGCGAUCCUCUGGCGGCGGCGGCGGGCCCGCCUUGCUUGGUCGGAGGCCCUGGGCGCCAGUUCUCUGGCGUCGGGCCAGUGCCGCGGGGGACUGGGGCGGCGGAGGUGGGGGGCAACGAGGAGGAAGGUGUGGGAGGGUGGCGUGUGUUUUCCGAAUCCCGCCACGAAGGUUGGCAUUCUGUGCUCCUUGGUGCAGAGCAGGGCGCACUUGCACGGAGGCCCGUUUUCGCCCGCUCGUUUCAGCCAUUUGUGGAGUUUUCGCGGUCCCGCAGGCAAGGCGUUGCAGCUUCGCAACGAUGCCGCGUGUUUUUCGACUGCAAGUCCUAUAUCACGGGACUGCACCCAAGGGGGAGACCGCUGGACUUGGCCUGGCAUCGCUCGGACGUGUGCAUUCUUCCCUCGGCGAGCCACGCACGAAGCCGAGAAAAGCACAGGGAAUGGACGUCCGAGCGAUGGCCAGUUGGAGCCGCAGCGGCCGACGCGUCUUGGGCGUGCCACGCCGCCCCCUGGGCCUCCGGACCCCCCGAGGCCUAAACCCGUCGUCGCUGCCGCGGCAUCCCCACUCCCUCUUCGGCAGUCCCCGGGCGCAGCCGUCGACGGCGGAGGGUGCGCGCUCCCAGACUCUCACUUGCACGAGAGCGCCACCGAGCCA